GUCUGGGAAGUGCUUCCUGGAGCACGGAGGCGGUUACAAAUCACGUGACAGCGGCUUUUAGAGGAACCUGUGUCAGUAGCUGUCGUCUGAAGUGACAGCUCAGGGAACCGGGCAGCCCAGAAACCCAGGCGUGGAGACUGAUCCUGCGAGAGGAAGGGGUUCAUCAUGGCGGAUGACCUAAAACGAUUCCUGUACAAAAAAUUACCAAGUGUUGAGGGGCUCCAUGCUAUUGUUGUGUCAGAUAGAGAUGGGGUGCCUGUCAUUAAAGUGGCCAAUGAUAACGCUCCAGAGCAUGCUUUGAGACCUGGUUUCUUGUCUACUUUUGCCCUUGCGACAGACCAAGGGAGCAAACUUGGACUUUCAAAAAAUAAAAGUAUCAUCUGUUACUAUAACACCUACCAGGUGGUUCAAUUCAAUCGUUUACCUUUGGUGGUGAGUUUCAUAGCCAGCAGCAAUGCUAAUACAGGGUGGAAGAAUUUGAGGACGAACACUGGGAAGCUGUACUUUCUAAAGAGGAUAGACUAAUUGUCAGCCUAGAAAAGGAACUUGCUCCAUUAUUUGAAGAAUUGAGACAAGUUGUGGAAGUUUCUUAAUCUGGCAGUGGUUUCUGUGUAUACCUUAUCUUCAUUAUAUCAGACAGUAUCAAUCCAGCAAUCUUUAGACCACAACAACACUUGUAUCCAUGUACUCAAGAAAGGGCCCCUUUUUCCACCUUACACUAGAGAAAGAGCCUAUAGAUAGAAUUUACGGACAGAUUGAUUCUUAUCUUUUCUUGUGUAGGGCCUUUUCUUAUUUGUGAGAUCUGGGGAUUCCACAGAAAUGGUUCAAUCUAUCACAGCUCCUAUGGAGUUAGUCCAGUCACCAAAUAUGCAUGAGAUUCUAUUCGGUGGCUCAGAAUCAAAAUGAUACUUUGAUCCACUUGAGCCAUGAAGUGCUCCCUAUUGUACAAUAUGCCAGGCCUGCAGAAUGAAGCAGACUCUUUUUAUUGUGAAUAGUGAGGACAUAUUUUUCUUCAUAUUAUUUUAUUUGCAUUGAGAGGAAGAUAAAAUGGCUUAGUAAAAGUAAUAGAAUCAGUACAAUCACUAACUUUCCUUUGUAUAUAUUAUUUUGCAGUAUAGGUGAGUAUUACUAACUGAUUUGAUUCUUCUCAGAGGGUGCUGCUCUUUAAUGGAAAUGAAAAUGAUAGCUAAUGUUCUUUUCUUCCACUCUGCUUUCUGUAACCAAUCAGUGUUUUUUAAUGUUUGUGUAUUCUUUAUAAAAUUUAGAUGUGAUUCAUUAUUGAAUUGUUUCCAAUAUUGGUAUGUAUGUAAACAUGGUAGUAUAGCCCUUUUUUUUCAUACAUGAGUAUAAAUAAAAUAGUAUUUUUAGAAGUACA